AUGGCCGGCGCGUGUAGCCGGGCGCCCGCCUCCGCCGCCUCCGAGUCCUACACGGGCCGCGACUCCUCCACGUCGGGGCCGAGCGGGCGAGGGGAGCGGACGGCCCGCUACACGUUGGGGCUGCUGCAGACGCCGCGCAGCACGACGGACAGUACCGGCUGCAGCUCCAGCGGCGGGCCGGGGCCCGGCAGCUCCAGCGGCGAAGGCCUCGCUCCCAGCCGCUCGGCCAGCGGCAGCAUGGGGAAGCCGCCCGUUUCUGGACCAGGAGAAUCGUAUUUUGGAGAUAAAAGUUCUUGUGUAGAAAAUGCUAGUGUGUGGAAUCUCACAAGUUCCUCUUCUGUGCGAGGCCUGAAUAACACAUGGAUCGGAAAAACACCCCUCUCCUCUAGCAGAUCUGCUUGCAGAAGCCAUACACCUCUGAUGGGAUAUUCAGUUACGUCCUCAUCUGCAGUCUCUGCCAAUUCUGUUGCAUCAGUUAUUGUAGCUGUAGUAGAAGGAAGAGGCCUUGCCAGAGGUGAAGUAGGAAUGGCUAGUAUUGACUUAAAAAGUCCUGAGAUGAUAUUAUCACAAUUUGCAGACAAUACAACUUAUGCCAAGGUUAUUACUAAACUCAAGAUUUUAACACCACUAGAAAUAAUAAUGUCAAACACUGCUUGUGAUGCAGGGAACACAACAAAAUUGUUUAGUCUGAUAACAGAACAUUUCAAGAAUGUGACUUUUACAACUGUCCAAAGAAAAUACUUCAAUGAAACAAAGGGUCUGGAAUACAUAGAACAAUUGUGUGCAUCUGAGUUCAGCACCAUUGUCAUGGAAGUUCAAUCAAAGUAUUACUGUCUGGCAGCUGCUGCAGCUUUGCUAAAAUAUGUUGAAUUUAUUCAGAAUUCAGUUUAUGCUCCUAAGUCUCUCAAGGUGCAUUUCCAGGGGAGUGAGAAAACAGCUAUGAUAGAUUCAUCAUCGGCACAAAAUCUUGAACUAGUAGUUAACAACAGAGAUUCUCGGAACGGUCACACACUUUUUGGUGUCCUAAACUACACUAAAACUCCAGGUGGAAGUCGAAGACUUAGAUCCAAUAUCCUGGAGCCACUAGUUGAUGCUGAAACAAUUAAGACGAGACUGGACUGUGUUCAGGAAUUACUCCAGGAUGAGGAGCUCUUUUUUGGUCUUCAAGCAGGUAUGAUAACACAACUGGCAGAAAAGUACAACCUACCAAUGAAAACAAGUUUCAGCUCUGCUCGUGGAUUUUUUAUCCAGAUGACUGUUGAUUGUUCAGCGUUACCGAAUGGCCAGCUUCCUUCAGAAUUUACAAAAGUCACUAAAAUGAAAAACACAUACAGCUUCACUUCAGCUGAUUUAAUAAAAAUGAAUGAAAGAUGUCAGGAGUCCCUGAGAGAAAUAUAUCACAUGACCUACUUAAUAGUGUGUAAACUCCUGAAUGAAAUCUAUCAACACAUACAUUGCCUAUACAAGCUGUCUGACAUUGUGUCAAUGCUGGAUAUGCUGCUUUCAUUUGCCCAUGCCUGCACUCUUUCUGAUUAUGUUCGUCCAGAAUUUACGGAUACUUUAGCGAUCAAGCAGGGAUGGCAUCCAAUUCUUGAAAAGAUAGCUGUGGAAAAACCAGUGUCUAACAACACGUAUCUGACAGAAGGUAGCAAUUUCAUCAUUAUUACAGGACCAAAUAUGAGUGGGAAAUCAACAUACCUAAAGCAGAUUGCUCUCUGUCAGAUUAUGGCACAGAUUGGUUCUUAUGUCCCAGCAGAGUACUGUUCUUUUCGAAUUGCUGAGCAAAUUUUUACCAGAAUAGGUAUGGAUGAUGACUUGGAAACCAAUGCAUCGACAUUCAUGAUGGAAAUGAAAGAGAUAACAUACAUCAUACAAAAUGCUAAUGACAAAUCGCUCAUCAUAAUUGAUGAACUUGGAAGAGGUACCAGUGCUGAAGAAGGUAUUGGCCUUUGUUAUGCUGCCUGUGAAUAUCUGUUGAAUUUAAAGGCAUUUACAUUGUUUGCUACACAUUUCCUGGAACUGUGUCAUAUAGAUGCUGUAUAUCCCAAUGUGGAAAAUUACCACUUUGAAGUGCAACAUGUCAGAAGCAGUGCUGGAAACAGGGAGAAAAUUACUUACACUUACACACUCUCUAAAGGAUAUACAGAGGAAAAGAACUACGGAUUGAAAGCUGCAGAAGCUUCCUCCCUACCAUCAUCCCUAAUCCUGGAUGCGAAGCAAAUCACAAGCCACAUUGCAAAACAAAUGUUGCACAGGCAGAAGAGCACUCCUGCCAUGAUGAGGGAGAGAGCUAUGUACCAUUUAGCAAUGAGAUUGGUCCAGACUGCCAGAAAUUCUCGGUUGGAUCCAGACAGUUUGCGUAUAUAUUUGAAAGGCUUAAAGAAGAAAUACGAAGCCAGUUGUCCUGCACCCGGGCAGAGUGAUGAGCAACAGUAA